UCCAGCGGUGGGCCGCGGCCGGAAGUGCUAGCUACUCCUGGGGGAAGUUGAGGCCCGGUGGUGGGAGGGCUCUGCCUACUAGGCCGGAAGCUCUGGCCCGAGGACGGCCAGCCCGGACCCCGGGCUUCCCUUUCCAGUCACCCGUCCCGUUUUUGCCCCGGGCGAGCCGCGCUGGCCUUUGAUCCGGAGGGCGAUUAGGGGUUCCGGAGGCGGCGGGAGGCCCAUUCAUUCGCCCGCGGGCGCCCGGAAGCGCGUGGGGGCAGCGCCCGGCCAAGGGCUCAGCAUGGAGCUUCGGGAAGAGGCCUGGUCUCCGGGGCCACUGGACUCGGAGGACCAGCAGAUGGCCAGCCACGAAAACCCAGUGGACAUCCUCAUCAUGGAUGACGACGACGCUCCGAGCUGGCCUCCAACCAAGCUGUCCCCGUCCCCGUCCGCACCGCCCGCCGGGCCCCCACCGCGGCCCAGGCCCCCCGCGCCCUACAUCUGCAACGAGUGUGGCAAGAGCUUCAGCCACUGGUCAAAGCUGACGCGGCACCAGCGCACGCACACGGGCGAGCGGCCCAACGCCUGUGGCGACUGCGGGAAGACGUUCUCGCAGAGCUCGCACCUGGUACAGCACCGCCGCAUCCACACCGGCGAGAAGCCUUACGCCUGUGCCGAGUGCGGCAAGCGCUUCAGCUGGAGCUCCAACCUCAUGCAGCACCAGCGCAUCCACACCGGCGAGAAGCCCUACGCCUGCCCCGACUGCGGCCGCAGCUUCACGCAGAGCAAGAGCCUGGCCAAGCACCGGCGCUCGCACAGCGGCCUCAAGCCCUUCGCCUGCCCUCGCUGCGGCCGUGGCUUCGGCCAGCCCAAGAGCCUGGCGCGGCACCUGCGGCUGCACCCGGAGCUAGCGGGGCCCGGCGUGGCGGCACGGGUGCUGGCGGCCAGCGUGAGGCGUGCGCAGGCGCCCGAGGCGGCGGCGGCGGGCGGCGAGCUGGCCAUCCCGGUGGGCGACGGCGAGGGCAUCCUCGUGGUGGGCGCGCCGGGUGACGGUGUGGUGGCGGGGGCCGCGGCGGGCACGGGCCCGCGGGGCGCGGCGUCCCGGCCGCGGCGCGCCCCGGCGCCCAAGCCCUAUGUGUGCGUGGAGUGCGGGAAGGGCUUCGGGCAGGGCUCGGCGCUGCUGGCGCACCAGCGUGCACAGCAUGGAGACGGGGACGCGCCAGCGCCCGGGCCCGGCGAGGAGCCUGCGCACAUCUGCGUGGAGUGUGGUGAGGCCUUCGCGCAGGGCGCCGCGCUGCGCCGCCACAAGCGGGAGCAUGCCGUGGGCGCGCCCGCCAUCUGCGGGGCCUGCGGGCGCGGCUUCCUCCGGGUGGCCGAGGCUGCGGACGGCGAGCCCCGGGACGCGGAGCACCGCUGUGCCCAGUGCCGUGCCACCGAGGCUCGGUAGGGGCGGGCGCCCGGGGGGGCGGGGCCCCUCGGGCUGGGUGGGACCGGAGACCGGGCCGCGCCCCACCGCAUCGCAGCAACGCACCAGGCGACCGCGGCAGCAGAGACUGCGACAGCGUGGCCCCUUCUGGACUGGGUGAGGGGCG